GGGCACAUCAGAGCCCCGUUCUCAGACGUUGUAUUUCACCUUUUUUCCUUUGGUGUCCCAGCGUUCUUGACGGUGGAUGCCAGCUCAGUGUUUUCAACUGUGACCACUGCAUCCGUCCAGACGAUAAAAACUCGAGCCUUCCGAUAUCCUACCUGAGUGAUCGAUGUUCUGCAUUGAUUCGGGAAUCCCCUCACCAGCAGGAACUUCGCCCCCUAAGAGUCGGAUGCCGACAGCUACAGCAUAGCCCGUCAUAUGCGAAAAGCAUACGCGAAUAUAGCAAGGCACAUGGGCACGUCUGCAGCCCGGUAGCGGCAUAUCUACGACUUGUCAGAUUGCGGUCGUAGAAAUAGGCUCCCGUAUCAGAUCCCAGCAAGUGGAUUUCAUUCUGGUCCGAUGUUAUGGAGUCGAAGUCAAAAACUGAGACUUGUAUAUGCGUGUUUGUAUACGAUAUUCUCCUGGCACCCCUUCAAUCUCCUUUACUUACCCUCACCAUCGCAUGAUGUGGGAGCCAGAACUCCCGCGACCGUUACCUGCGUACUUCCUGCAAGAAGUAUUUUCCACAGCACCAAUUUACGACCUCAUUUUAUGCGAUCUGAGCCCUCGCACCCUCGUAUGGCUCUCGCGCACAUGUUGUCGCGCACAUGAGGCAGUAACUCACUUUAUCUGCCGUGCGUACAACAUCAACCGACACUUGUCUCGUUGUUUCCCGGAUCCCCUUGCAUUUCGGUCCCUCCAAGCACGCACCGGACUAGUCAUUUCAGGCUCCAAUACGUUGCAGUUCCUUGAUAGGAGCUUUUAUCCCGAAUCAGAUCUUGACCUCUACGCUCAUCCUGGUCACGUUUACGAGGCGCUGGAGUGGCUCGAGUCUGUUGGGUAUAAAUUCCAACCUGAGGCGUGGAAACAACAACAACGGGACUGGCGUGAUGAAGUUUCAGCUGACUGGGAUGGUACAGCAAGAAGAAUCACUGACCACGGAGAAAUGACGAUCGAUUUUGAACCAGACAUGGAGUACUCUGAGGUCGCAGGUGUUUACACCUUCACGCGCUCUGUAGCUAUGGACACAGGGACCGUAGUGCUCAAGGUCCAAAUCAUUGCAACAAAGUGCAAUCCUAUCCAGACUAUCACGCAAUUUCAUUCAACUUGCGUGAUGAAUAUUAUCACGUUCGAUGCAGCUUAUUCCUUUUACCCUGUUGCAACCUUCGAGGAGCGAAUGGCUAUCCAGAUCCCCGGGUCGAAUCGCUUGGAUGUCGUUAAAAAGUAUGUGCAGAGGGGUUGGAGAGUCUAUGCAGUAUUCGGGCCGGAACAUGUCACUCACCCCCAACUAUUUCUUUUAAACGAGAAGAGGUGGGUGGGUGAUCGUCACUGUUGGUCCAUUCCUCUGGACACUACAGGGGUCACGCCUCGUCCAGCAUUGUCCCUAUCCUCAGAACACUUCUCUUGGGACCCCUCGAUCCAGAAUGGCUGGAUAAUGGAGUGUGAAGGCGUUUCCGCCGUCACUCAUGUACCAAGAAUGCGCACUCAUCUGGUCAUGAUCACCGUUUUCCGUUACAACUAUAACUUUCCUGACGACAAACUUACCAAGGCAAUCCGUAACUGGUCGCUUUCUCAGGGCCAACUUAACCACGCACAAUUAACAAAACAGAACUGGAUAUGGUUCGACGCUGAAAUUCCAAGGUUCCGGGGGGUGCUGAGUUCUCAUGAGCAGUAAUGCUCGAAAUGUACGAAUUAUUGGGGAAGAUGUAACAUCUGUUGUCGGGCAUAAAACCUUCAUGACAGCUGGCUACUGAAUUUCAAAAUGCCAACCUUGGGCUUUGUUGGUCGGGCAUGAAGUGAAACUUUUGGUGUCGAUCGUAGUGUCAAGACAUUGGACCAGUCGGCUUUUGGUGAAAUGAUGAGCUCCAACCAGGUCGACAAAGGUCUGACAAUUUUCAAGUGCUCAGCAUCUGAGGCCACGCCCUCUUAUGUAGUGG